AUGCCACAAAACAUAACAAGGCUUUCCGGGCUCCCCUUGUCAGCUGAAUUUCAUUUCAACUGACUCACCUUUCUGUCAAAUGUCGAUGCAGCCACUCGGUCAAGUACCGGCAUUUGAAGAGGGAGACCUGCAACUAUCUGAAUCAAGAGCAAUCACGCAAUAUAUUGUCCACGAGUAUGCUGAGAAAGGGACCCAGCUGAUUAGCAGAGAAUUCAAGAUGGCGAUCAUAGGGGUGUGGCUGGAAGUGGAGUCCCAACAUUAUGAUCCACUGGCUUCUAAACUUGUUUGGGAGCUGGGAAAAAAACCUAUGUAUGGGAUGCCUGCAGAUACAUCAGUGGUGGAAGAAAAUGAAGCCAAACUGGGUACUGUUCUUGAUAGAUAUGAGAAGAGAUUAUCCGAGUUCAAAUACUUGGCAGGAGACUGUUUUACCUUGGUGGAUCUGCAUCACCUGUCCACUGUUCAAUACUUGAUGAACUCACAGACUAGGAAGCUGUUUGAAUCACGAUUCCAUGUUAAUGCAUGGGUAGCUGAUAUCACUCUGCAAGACCAGCUUGAUCAAAGGUCCUUGAUAUGCCAAGCAGUAGGAAAGGGUAGGAAGCCAUAUCAAUAUGAAUAUUCUAUGAAAGUUUAAAGAUGAAUAGAAUAAAGCCACUUUGUUGAAUCUUACCAGCUAAAGAUUUGCGUACUUUAUUCGAUUGGAAGUCUUAGCUUCAAAUCCCUGUUCCGUUUGAUGUUACACAAGUAAGUUAUAGAAUUAUAUUGCUCUGUUCUUUGGAAUCACCUUCCAGUUUGCACUGUAAUUAUUGUCAUUGACUUCAGCAGAAAAUGAAGUUUCUGGAGCGGAUGCCAGAUGAGGUUAAUUUACAAAA